AUGGCUUUGAACGUUGGUAAUUUCAUUUUGAACGAUUGGUCGAACAUUCUUUUCGCACUUAUUGUAGUUUACAUUGUCAAGUAUUACUUCUCAUGGUAUACACGGGAGAAUCCAAUUCCGGGACCAUUUCCUUUACCUUUAAUAGGAAAUUUACAUCAAUUGGGACUAGAUAUGGGGAAAGGAGCGCUCAAAUUACAAAAGGAGUAUGGGGACAUGUUUGAAAUAUUUUUAGGACCGACAAGAACGAUAUUUAUAAGUAGAGCGGAACUUACGGAAAAAAUUAAUAAUCCGACGUUAAAGAAUAAUGCAUUCUACUUUCGCUCCCCUCCAAACCCAGGAUUAAAGGAACUUCACCUGAUAAAUUCCGGUAUCACUUUUAAUAGGGAUUUGACCACUUGGAAAUUUAAUAGACGUAUAUUAAACCUAACAGUGAUGUCACCAAAAUUCUUGAGGAAGAGCGUGGAAUUCACCAAUCAACUUUGCGAUGACUUGGAAAAGUAUUGGUCUUCGAUUGAUCCUAAUACAAAAGUUAAUUUGGCAAAUUGGACUACUUGUCUCUCCGCUGAUAUUAUCGUAACCACUGCAACCGGUACCAAGGGUUGCUCCAUGGCCGAUUAUAAUAAUAGCCUACCCAAUUCGGUUAAAGUCGACAUUUCCGAAAAGUUUCUCAAUGAAUCUUUAAAAUUUAUUGAUUCCAUAUAUACGUUGAUCUCAAGUGCACUGUUCUAUUUCAGCUUUCCUCCUUUCAUCAGAAAAUACUUCCCUGUAUUUAAACCGAUGUACCAUAAAUAUCGUGACAACGAUAUAUGGUUAGGUGCCGAAUUAGAAAGGAUCGUCUGUACCAGAAAACAAAAAAUUGAAAGUGCCUCUCUUGAUCAACCUAUAGAGAGCAACGCGUUAAAUUUGUUAAUCGUUUUAAAUACUGAACGGGAUAUCAAUAAGAUCACUAGUAUCGAUUUUACAGAACCGUUGACUAACAUAGAAAUUUCCCGCAAUUUAAAGGAAAUCUUUGUCGGCGGGAUGGAUACGACGCGAAACGUAAUGUGCUUUAUCAUGUAUUAUAUUAAUAAACAUCCUCAAGUUAAAGAUAAAUUGAUUAAAGAAUAUGAGUCGGUCUAUGGGGAUCUAAGCAAGAAGAUAGAUAUAACUUACGAAUCACUUGGUAAAUUAGUUUAUACCGAGGCCGUGAUCAAUGAAUCCAUGCGUCUUACACCGGUAUUACCCGUAUUCUUACGUGCCGCAUCUUUUGAUACCGAAAUUGGUGGUUACAAGAUCAAGAAAGAUACGACCGUAUUUACGAAUUAUACCGGUAUUCAUUAUCAUAAAGAUCAUUGGGUUGAACCCGAAAAGUUCAAUCCUGAUAGAUUUUUAAAGGAUGGUGGUCAUACGAUCGUUAAAAAUUCUUAUUUGCCUUUCGGAGGGGGUAUUCGAAUUUGUCCGGGAAGGCAUUGGGCCAUGGGAAAUAUGAAAAUUUUAUCGGCCAGAAUGUUGACCAAUUUUGAAAUUAACCUCGCGGAUCCUGAAGCUCCGUUAAAAUCGUCAUAUCAAGGAACGCAGCAUUGUGAUGAAUUAGAUGGUAACGAUGAUAACUUAAAAAAUGAUUUGGACGAGGCCAAUUAUUGGUACCAUCAAGCUGUAGAUGGUAACAAGGUUGCAUUAUACAGAUUGGGUGAACUUUACGAAAUCGGAAAAGGUGUUUGUAAAAAUUUGGUUAGAGCGUUUGAAUUUUAUAAAGAAUCGGCCAAUAAAGGAUGUUUGGAGGCGCAAUAUAAGGUUGGAUACUAUUAUGAUCAUGGAUUGGUCGUAGAUGCUGAUAAAGAGAAGGCAUUGGAUUGGUACGAAAUAGCUGCUGAAAGGGGAAGUAUUGAUGCACAACAUAGGCUUGCAUGCCAACAAGAGGUUAAUCAAAGUUAA